AUGGAAGAAACAGCUGCUACAACCGCCGCAACGUCCGGCGCAGAACCAGAUCCCACCACAUCCGACCAACCCACAGAGGUCACGCCUCCGUUAGGAGCGCCGCAGCGCGCGGGGCAUCGCACGAUUCUCAUGGCGCUGGACUGCUCGGACAGCAGCUGGGCCGCGCUGCGGUGGGCCCUCGAGAACGUCGUGCGGCCGCCCCACGACCGCCUCGUGCUCAUGUCCGCCGUGGCGCCCGUUGUUUCGUACACCGGGAUGACCGGCCGGCCAGGCAUGCAUCUGAGCGACUCGUUCGUGAAGGACGAGAGUCACCGCCGCAAGUCGUCCGCCCUGGCCCUGCUCAACCGAGCUCGCGCCGCCUGUGCUGAACACCAGGUGGCAGCGGAGGUGCGCGUGCACACGGGGGAUGCGCGCACAGCAGUGGUGGAGCUGGCCACUGAGGUGACCGCUGACCUCGUCAUCGUCGGCAGCCGCGGCCAUGGACCGCUGCAGAGGCUGCUGCUGGGGAGUGUAUCAGAAACUCCGCCUGCCGCCGACCGGGCGGAAGCGCAACGCUCGCCGCUCGGGGGCUCUCCGGCGCGCAAUGCGCAUCUGCGCUUGUCUGCGCAAGAUAGGCCAUCUCCGCUCAGUGGUGGCAGGCGCGCGGAAGAGGAGGAAAAGAGCGCGCGCGCAAGUGCGGGGGAAGCCGCGGCAUGCGCGGAAGGUGGUCAGGCGGCGGAGAGGGAAGCUGCGGGGAAUGGAGGGGGAGAUGGCAGGGUCGGCGCAAGCGGAGGCGGCCGGGGGGGAAGCGGUCUUGGGGGAAGGGUGCGCAAGCUGGUGCGGGAAAGGCGGGAGGAGCGCUCGGCAACCCCGGAGAUUGUAGCACGCGGGGAAACUGGCGGGGGGGAGGCGGGAGAAGCGGAGAGACAGGGGAAAACGGGGUAUACGAGUGGGAAGGACGUGGGAGAGGGGAAAGGAGAGAGAGGAGGGGAGGAGGGAGGGCGAGAGGGGAGGGUUGGAGGGGAGAGCGAGAUAAGAAGCAGGAGAAGAUGGGGAGGAAAGACGGCGGAUAAGGGGAAAGUGGGGGAAGGGGUUGCGCGGGAGGAGGGGACGCAGGAAGAUGGGGAAGGGGAGAAAAGGUGGGAAGGAGGGAAGGAGGGUACGGGGAGUAUUGAAGAGGGAAAGGAAGAAGGUUCGAGUAGGAAAGAAAUAAAGGAGGAGAGGAGGGCAAGGGAGGAUAUAGAAGGGGGGGAUGGAGAGCGAGGGGUGGAUGAGAGGGAGGAGAGUAAAGGACGUAAGAGAGUGAAAAGGGGAGAUACUGAUAACAGAAGGGGUGAUGACGACGCGGGGAAGGGUGCAGCGGAGAAGGAAAGGAAGCGUUGGGCAGAAAGUAGAAAGGAUGUAAAGGUUACUGGCAGUGGUGACGGCAACCGAGGUGAUAGCAACACUGAUAUUGCUGAUAACGCUGAUGGGUCUAUCACUCCCAAUGGUGAUGCCCGUGGGGUUACGAAGGAGGAGGAGGAGGAGGAGGAGGAGGAGGAGGAGGAGGAGGAGGAGGAGGAGGAGGAGGAGGAGGAGGAGGAGGAGGAGGAGGAGGAGGAGGAGGAGGAGGAGGAGGAGGAGGUGGAGGAGGAGGGAGAGAAGGGUGAGGGGAAGGAGGAAAAAGUGGAGGGAGAGGAGGAUGAGGAUGAGGAUGAUGAUGAGGAUGAGGAGGAGGGUGGGUUUGUGGAGUUUGACGAGCAGGAGAGGCGGAUUCCCAAGUCGCUGCGAGGCAUUGACCAGCAGGGUUCCAUGAUGGGUCUGCUGGGAAACAGAUGGGCGGGGGGGAAUGAUGGUGACGGGGAUUAUGAUGGUGAUGAUGGUGGUGAGAGGAUAGGAGAUAGAAGUGGUAGGAAGGGGCAACCCAAGGCGAUCAAAAGGGGGAAGAAGGGCAAGGCGAAAGGAAGGGGCGGAGGACAGCAGCAUGAGAGGCGUGAGAAGCGGAGGCGAAAGCGGGGCAGGAGUAGCAGCAGCAGCAGCGCCAGCAGCAGUGCCAGCAGCAGCAGCGCCAGCAGCAGUGGCAGUGGCAGCAGCAGCAGCAGUAGUAGUAGUAGUAGCAGCGGCAGAGACGACAAGCGUGGAAAGGUCAGUAAGAAGGGCGUUGGUAGACAUGGCGCGAGGAGACAAGACUCAGCGAGGCAGGGGACGGAUAGGCAAGAGGGAGGGAAGCACAAGGGAAAGAAGCAGGAGGAAGGGGAGGAGCAGGAGGCAGGGAAGCAGGAGGCAGGGAAGCAGGAGGCAGGGAAGCAAGAGGGGGGGAAGCAAGAGUGGGGGAAGCAAGAGUGGGGGAAGCAGGGGGGGGGCGAGAGUGACUAUGAGCGGGAGCUGAAUCGGCGCGAGCUAGAGGAGCUGGCGAACGGCGUGGGGGAUGGCGGGGGCAGUGGGGACGAGCAGGGCAGCAUGGCCAUGCGGGACAGUGACGAGGAGGAGAAUGAGGAUGAUGGGAGGUAUUACGGAGAGAGGAGGGCGGGGAGGGAUGAUGGUGGGUACAGGGGCAGGCGAGGGGAGGGGCGGUGGUGGAGCCGGGAGAGUGAUGAGAGUGGGGAUAGCGAUGGUGAUGGUGGGGGAGGGAGAGGAGGGGGGGAUAGCCCGAGAGGACGGGGGAGAGCAGGUCGAGGAGGGGCAGCAGGAAGAGCACGGGGGGACGGGCGGGACAGGAGAGACGGGAGAGACGAGCGGGAUGAGCGGGACGAGAGGGAUAGGUCCGUGGCAGUGGCAGUGGCAGCGGCGACGGCGGCAGCAGCAGCAGCCAAGGGCGGGGAGGCAGCAGGCGUGGCAGGCUUCAUCUCCCUCCUCCGCAGCAGCGGGGGUUGCCGCAGCGUGGACGAGUUCGAGCGCCUGAACCGCAUCGACGAGGGGACCUACGGGGUGGUGUACCGUGCGCGCGACAAGAAGACCGGGCGAGUAGUGGCCCUCAAAAAGGUCAAGAUGGAGCGGGAGAAAGAAGGCUUCCCGCUGACGUCCCUCCGGGAGAUCAACAUCCUGCUGUCGCUGCAGCAUGAGGCGGUGGUGGGCGUGCGGGAGGUGGUGGUGGGGAGCAGUGUGGAUAGUAUCUUCAUGGUGAUGGAGUAUAUGGACCACGAUGUGAAGAGCCUCAUGGAGAGCAUGAAGCAGGCGUUCAGUCCGAGUGAGGUGAAGUGCCUCAUGCUGCAGCUGCUCAGCGGGGUCGACUACAUGCACGAUAACUGGGUGCUGCACAGGGACCUCAAGACGUCCAACCUGCUGAUGAACAACCGUGGCGAGCUCAAGAUCUGCGACUUUGGCCUCGCACGCCAGUACGGGUCGCCGCUGCGUGCCUACACGCACAUGGUCGUCACACUCUGGUACAGAGCGCCGGAGCUGCUGCUGGGGGUGCGCAAGUACUCGACGGCCGUGGACAUGUGGUCUGUGGGAUGCAUCAUGGCUGAGCUGCUGUGCAAGGAGCCCCUGCUGCCCGGCAAGUCCGAACUCGACCAGAUCGACAAGAUAUUCAAGCUGCUGGGCACGCCCACGGAGAAGAUCUGGCCGGAGUUCGCGCACCUGCCCAGUGUGAAGCGAGUCAGCUUCGUCCGCCAGCCGUACAACCGGUUGAGGGAGCGCUUCCCAGCGGUGGCGUUUGGCGGCAAGCCUGCUCUCUCCGAUGCUGGCUUUGACCUGCUCAACCGCAUGCUCACAUACGACCCCACCAAGCGCAUCACAGCAGCCGAGGCACUGCAGCAUGAGUGGUUCAGGGAGGUGCCUCUUCCCAAGGCUCAAGAGCUCAUGCCUACAUUCCCAGGGCGGAAUGAGCAGGACAGGCGGUUGAGAAGGCUGCAGCGCAGCCCAGACCCUCUCAAGUUGAGGGGUGCCCAGAAUGAUGCAGCCAUGGGAAUGGUGUUUCCUAGUAAUGCGGGAGUGCUGGGGCACGGCGCUUAUUAA